AUGGCUACCCCUAGUGUCCUAGCUUUUGACGCUGAGGGUCGCGCCAUUGAUUUUGAGGUCUGGUUAGACGACCUGCAGCUGUUCUUACAAUGCGACAGGGCUGACGGCCUUUCUCUCUUUGACCUCACCUCUGGCGCCUCUCCUGCUCCUGCUGCUGAUGCUGAUCCCACUGUCCGCUCUCAGUGGGCCACCCGCGAUGCUGCUGCACGUCUUGCUGUGCGUCGCCACCUCCCUACCUCUGAGCGUGCGCACUUUAGUCAGUACAAGAGUGCUCAGACCUUGUACGACGCUGUAGUUGCGCGCUACUCCUCCCCUGCCACUGCUGCACUGAGCCGUCUCAUGCUUCCCUACCUCUUUCCUGACCUCUCUGCCUUUCCCACUGUCGCUGACCUCAUUACGCACCUCCGCACUAGUGACACUCGCUACCGCGCCGCCCUUCCUGCUGAGUUCUGCGCUAAGAACCCACCCCCCAUGUACAUCGCUCUCUACUACGUAGUCGCGCGCCUCCCUGACUCCCUUCGCGUCGUCAGGGACCACUUUCUCGCAGUCUGUCCCACCACCCUCACCGUCGACCUCCUCGAGAAGGCCCUCCUCGCAGCGGAGAAGAGCAUAGUCGCUGUAGGUGCUUCUCGUGGUGACCCUCGCACCCCCAUCUUUGAGGGGUGCUCUCCUUCCCCCUUGCUGCCCUCUGUUGCCUCUGCUGCUGCUGCCGACCUGCUUGGUCUUGAGUCGGUCGGCGCGGCGUCUGCCCCUAGUGGGAGACGUCGCUCCAGCAAGGGCAAGGGGGGCAAGGGCGCGGGUGGAGCUGGAGGGGGCGGUGGCGGUGGCGGCGGUGGCGGCGGAGGGAGUGGGGGUGGCGGCGGGACUAGUGGCGGGGGUGGUGGUGGUGGUGGCAGCAGCGGCGGAGACGGUGGUGGUGGUGCCAGCGGUGGUGGUGGAGGCAGCGGCGGAGGUGGAGGCGGCGGAGGUGGAGGCGGUGGAGGCGGCAGCGGAGGAGGCGGUGGUGGUGGAGGAGGUGGAGCUGGUCGGGGUGGUACCCAGCAGCGUAGCGGCGGUGGUGGUGGCCAGCGCUCGCAGCGGCAGCAGCAGCAGCGCUCGCGGGACAUCCCUCCGCCUCAGCAGCUUCGUGAGUGGUACGCUGGGCGUCAGAGGGGUGGGGGUACUGGUCCCUGCACCUACGUUCUUCGUUCCGGCGACCGCGCGGCGAUCUUUGAUCUUGUUUUUGAUGCUAUCCUUGCUGCUAUGUAUGCUGUGACUUAUAGUGAGGAGAAUGAGGGUUACCGGUGUUUCCAGCCCGACCCGGGCAUUGGUACUGCUGCGCUAGGUGCUUGUGAGGCUGCUGCUCUAGGUGCCAGUGCGUCUACGCUCUCAGGUACUGGUGAGACUGCGCUCUCAGGUACUGCGUCGCCCUCGUCCUCCCUCACUUUCACACUUGACUCCGGGGCUUCUCGCUCCUUCUUUCGAGACCGCACUACCCUUACGCCGCUCGGCCGGCCGGUUGCGGUCUCCCUUGCUGACCCCUCUGGGGGUCCUGUCCUGUCUCACUUCUCCACUGUCCUCCCGUGUCCGGCUGCCCCUUCGGGCACCCUGUCUGGUCUGUACCUUCCCUCGUUCUCUACGAACUUGGUGAGUGGUGCAGCCCUGCAGGAUGCGGGGGUUCACCAGUUCACUCCUGCGAGUCAGCGGGUGACCCACUGCACGGACGCACGCACACGCCGACACCUGGCCACCUUCUCGCGUCGGCCGGGGUCGAGUCUCUACACCCUGACAACUUCGUCUCCUCCUGUCCCUGCGUCCGGUCAGGUAGCUGCGUCAGGUCAGGUGCUUGCUGCUGCGUCCCGGUCAGGUCCUGAGUCUGCCCCCUGUUCUUGUCGCCUCCUGUCUCACGAGACUCUCCUGUGGCACCACCGUCUUGGCCACCCCUCCUUGCCCCGUCUUCGGAGCAUGGCUUCCCGUGUCCUUGUCUCUGGUCUUCCCCAGUCUCUCCCUCCUCUCCCCUCCGGGCCAGGACCUUCCUGUGUCCCCUGUGUCGAGGGCCGCCUCCGGGCUACUCCUCACUCCUCUCACUUCCCCCCGACAGAGGCUCCCCUGCAGACGCUUCACAUGGAUGUGUGGGGCCCAGCCCCCGUCCGUGGGCAGGGUCACGAGCGCUACUUCCUGUUGGUGGUUGACGACUACUCGCGUUACACCACAGUCCUCCCCUUGCGCAGCAAGGGUGCGGUCACUGAGGUGCUGAUCGACUGGAUCCGCGAGGCUCGUCUCCAGCUCAGGAAGAGCUUCGGCUCGGACUUUCCUGUUCUGCGUCUGCACUCGGACAGAGGCGGAGAGUUCUCCUCUCGCCUUCUGCGAGACUACUGUCGUGCACGGGGGAUCCGCCAGACCUUCACGCUUCCGGACUCUCCACAGCAAAAUGGGAUUGCUGAGCGCCGCAUUGGCAUGGUCAUGGAUGUCGCUCGUACGUCCAUGAUGCAUGCAGCUGCCCCCCAUUUUCUGUGGCCGUUUGCGGUUCGGUACGCGGCGCAUCAGCUCAACCUUCACCCCCGGGUCUCUAGGCCUGCGAUGUCCCCAGCCUUGCUGUGGACGGGGAAGGUUGGCGAUGCGUCUGCGUUCCGUGUCUGGGGAUCUCGGGCGUUUGUUCGCGACUUGUCUGCGGACAAGCUGUCCCCUCGUGCUGCUCCCUGUGUCUUCCUUGGCUUCCCCACUGACGCCCCAGGGUGGCAGUUCUACCACCCCUCCUCUCGUCGUGUUCUGUCCUCCCAGGACGUCACGUUCGACGAGUCAGUCCCCUUCUACCGUCUCUUCCCCUACCGCACUCCUUCCCUCCCCCCUCCCCCGGACUUCCUUGUGCCGGUACACGCUGUUGACCCGGUCGAGGUUACUGGUGACUCUGGUGCUGCUGCGGAUGCUGAGCCUGGGGGUGCUGACUCUGGGGGUGCUGUGCGCGGGGGUGCUGAGCCUGGGGUUGCUGGACCUGGGGGUGCUACUGCGGAGGGUGCGGAGCCUAGGGGUGCUGAGCCGGCGGGUGCUGUGCCUGGAGGUGCUGGGCCUGGGGGUGCUGAGCUGGGAGCUGCUGAGCCUGGGGGAGCUGCGCGAGUGGUUCGCUCGCGCUGGAGGCGUGCUGCUGAGUCUGGGGGUGCUGCUGGAGCUGGAGCUGGAGCUUCUUCGACCAACGAGGGUGCUGGUGCUGCCGGUCCCGGAGCUGCUGGGCCUGCGGGUCCUCCUGGAGCUGGAGCUGCUGAGGGUGUUGGUGCUGAGACUGCUGCUGUUGGUCCUGCCGCUGGAGGAGUGGGUGGCGCUGGUGCUGUCGCUGAGGGUGCUGGUGCUGUCCCCGCUGCGUCUGGAGCUGCUGCGCGGCCUCGGCCGUACUUCGUCCCACUCCUGCAGCAGGUUCUUGGUCUUUCUCCUCCAGUAGAGGGUCCACCGCCUGUCCAGUCGCAGUCCCUGCUGGAGCCUUCCUCUCCACUGCCUGCUCCCUCUCCUUACACUGGUCCUACUGGAGGUCUUGCUGAGCGUCGUGAGCCUGCGUCUCGCCCCGCGUCGCCUGUUCGUGCUGCUCGCGCUAGUGGUCGCAGUUCGCGUCAGCGUCCUCCUCCUGUCCCUGGCACGCACCGGAUGUCUUUGCGUCCGUCCACUGCUCCUCUGCGUGCCCCUUUGCCUUCUCCUCCUGAGUCCUCUCUUCCUGCGCUUGCCGACCCUGAGUCGGACUCUCUUCGUGCUGCCAGUCCUACUGUCACGCGUCUGCUUGCUAUUGUCGUCACUGACCCCUCUUUUGAGUCCACUGCUGCGUCUGCUCUCGUCGCUGAGCUCGUCGACUUUGCUGCUCGCUGUCGUCUCGACUACGCUGCUAGUCUUGUUGCUGAGUCUGCGUCUGUCUGUCCUCCGUCCGUCGGGGGUGAGUGUGCUCUUGGCACGGACGUCCUAGAGGACAGGCAGGAGGAGUUACAGUGUCUAGCGGCUGUUUCACCUCAUCUCGCGUCUGUACUGCUUGCCCCUGAGGGAGACCCGGAUGCACUAGACAUCCCGACUCCGCGCUCUUACGCGGAGGCCGUAGAGGGUCCCUACUCCUCUCAGUGGCAGGCAGCUAUGGAUGCAGAGAUGGCUUCCCGGAAGUCCACAGGCAUCUACGUUGACGAGUUUCCCCCUCCUGGGGCGAACAUCGUCAGUGGCAUGUGGAUCUUCAGGGUGAAGCGGCCGCCGGGCUCUCCACCUGUCUUCAAGGCGCGGUACGUUGCUCGUGGCUUCAGUCAGCGGCAGGGAGUUGACUACUUUCAGACCUUCUCUCCCACCCCGAAGAUGACCACUCUUCGGGUGCUGCUGCACAUAGCCGCUCAGCGCGACUACGAGCUUCACUCUCUCGACUUCAGCACUGCGUUCCUGCAGGGUAGCCUGCACGAGGAGAUCUGGCUGCGCCGUCCACCUGGCUUCACUGGGACUUUCCCUCCUGGCACCCAGUGGAGCCUCCGACAGCCAGUCUACGGUCUCCGCCAGGCACCGCGUGAGUGGCACGACACACUGAGGACUACGCUUGCGGCUCUUGGGUUUGCUCCCUCCACUGCCGACCCGUCGCUGUUUCUACGCACCGACACUUCACUGCCGCCGUUCUACAUCCUCGUGUACGUCGACGACUUGGUCUUUGCCACAGCGGACACUGCUGGACUCGCCUACGUGAAGUCCGAGCUGCUGAAGAGACACACGUGCACAGACCUGGGUGAACUGCGCAGCUACCUUGGCUUGCAGAUCACUCGGGACAGAGCACGCCGCACCAUUACCUUGACUCAGUCACACAUGGUGCAGCAGGUCCUUCAGCGCUUCGGCUUCACGUACUCCUCGCCUCAGGCCACUCCUCUGCCUACUCGCCACUCACUCUCAGCUCUGCCUUCGGAUGAGUCCGUAGAGUCGAGUGGUCCGUAUGCAGAGCUUGUUGGCUGCCUCAUGUACCUGAUGACCUGCACACGACCUGACCUUGCAUACCCUCUGAGCAUCCUUGCACGCUAUGUUGCUCCUGGGAGACACCGACCAGAGCACAUGGCUGCAGCAAAGAGGGUAUUGCGCUACCUGUGCAGUACGUCGGGCAUGGGGCUAGUGCUUGGAGGGCGGAGUCCAGUGGUCCUUACAGGCCACGCGGACGCUUCUUGGGCUGACGACCAGGCUACGCAGCGGUCAUGUGAGGCUGAGAUCUACGCCGGGGCCAUGGCUGCACGGGAGCUUCGCUGGCUCACCUACCUGCUCACUGACCUUGGAGAGCCGCCUCGUUCUCCUCCAGUGCUGUACGUAGACAACAAGGCCAUGCUGGCCUUGUGUCGAGAGCAGCGCUUGGAGCACAGAACAAAGCACAUUGCUCUCCGCUACUUCCUUGCUCGUGAGCUGCAGCAGCGUGGUCAGUUGCGACUUGCGUACGUGGCCUCUGAGGCCAACACUGCUGAUGUGAUCACCAAGGCACUCGCGCCUUGUGACCAUCAGCGCUUUUGCACCCAGCUGGGUCUUGUGCCUGUCUUGCCUCACUUGCUCUCCUCUUGA